AGCCGAGUUCACGGGUCAAGUACUCGUGGAAAAUCGGCGGACAGUUGCUGGCACCGAGUCCUCGGAGACACCAGGACGGCGGCGACCUGCUUAUCACCAGGGUCAACCGAAUCCUCGACAGCGGAAACUUCGUCUGCAUCGCCACUCACAAGGAAACUGGAUAUUCCAUCGAGAGUUCGCCCGUCAAGAUCGACAUUCAAUGGAUCAGCGAGGCGAGCGUGCAGCUGCAGCAACCUAAGUUACCCACCGCGAUCCGCGUGGGAGGCGAAAUUGAACUUCGAUGUCACGUCGACGGCUCUGGAGACAUGAAAUACGAGUGGUUCAGAAAUCACGAAGCGAUGGUGGGAAGCGAUCGGAUCGAGAUCAAGAAGAAGAAGCUGCACGUACACCGCGCGGUGCCCGAGGACAGCGGUAUGUACAGCUGCCUGGCGAGGAACGAUGCAGGAUCCUCCCCGAAAAUGGAGAGCUUGCCCCUGGUGGUCUCGGGCAACGACACCGCCACGAUAAAGGUCGUUCCCAGGAAUCUGAUCGCGAAACGCGGAGAGCCGGCCGUUCUACACUGCGUCUUCGAGGACGCCGAUUCCGUUCAGUGGUUCUUCAAGGAUAUCGGCCCGCUGGAAACCGACGACGAGAGGACCGUCUUGGACAACGGCACGCUGAUCAUACACUCCGCCGAGCACAGGGAUCAAGGAUUCUACUCUUGCCACGGCAACCGAGGCGAGAGUACCAUCAGUUACACCGUCGAUCUUCAGAUAGCCUAUUUGAUGAAUCUCUCGGCUGCCUCGUUCGAGCCCCUGCUACCGAACCAAGUGGCCGUGGUAGGCGAGGAUCAGGAGUUGCAGGUCAGCUGUUUGGAACCCGCUGGCCUGCCACCGCCGGAAGUCUAUUGGGAGGACCCCACGGGACACAUCAUAAGCGACUCUGGCCCCGUGCGCGUUCAGGAUAACACCCUGAUCGUUGCCAAGGCUCGCAAAGGCGAGGACGACGGCAAUUACACUUGCAUCGCGGAGAAUAUGGCCGGGAAGAGCGAUAUAUACGCCCGAGUGGUGAUUUCCACCCCGCCGAUGCUGAUAAGCUCGCCGGAGAGUCAGAGCGUAAUGGAGGGAGACUCCGUGACGAUGACGUGCUCCUACUUCGGCAUGGACCCGCCGGUCACCCACGUUCGCUGGCUGAAAGACGGGGAGCCUCUGAAAGAGACCGGCGGCCCGACGAGACAUCGAGUAACCGAUCGCUACGGCAACGUGACCCUGCACUUGAGGAGCGCCGACCUGUCCGACAAGGGCAGCUACACGUGCGAGAUAUCCACGAAGGGCUUCCCGUCGAUAUUUUCGGAACAGGCCAGCCUCACGGUCGAGGAGAAGCUCAAGUUCUCCCCGCAACCGGUGGACAAGCGACUGGAGCUCGGCUCGACGGCCAAAGUGCCGUGCAAGUCUCAGGGUGCCACUAAUCCGACUGUGAAGUGGAUCAAGGAGGGGGCAGGCGAGGAAUUCCCGAAGCAUGUGCAAGAUAUCAAUGGAACUCUUCACUUCAAUGGGGUUCUCGAGGAAGACAAGGGUCGCUACACGUGUGUAGCCAGCAACGCGCAGGGAUCGAUCAACCACACGAUCAGUAUCGACGUAGUCAUCGCCCCAAAGUUCACCAUACAGCCGCAGAAUCCGACUGAGGCGAUCGAGGGUUACCCGGUGAUGUUGCACUGCGCGGCCGAGGGCGACCCUAAACCGACCAUACAGUGGGACCGAGACUCUCGGAUGAAUAAUCUCAACAAUUCCCGCUUCGAGGUGCUCGGUAAUGGCAGUUUGUACAUAAAGGAGGUGUACCUGGGCGACGAGGGAAAGUACGGGUGCACGGCGGGCAACAGCGGCGGGUUGAAGAGGGAGGAAGUUCAGUUGAACGUGAAACCCGGUGACUCGUACAGAUUCGACAUGGACGCGGAAGUGCCGAACGACGGACCGCUGAUGACGAAGACGGUUAUGAUCACUUUGGGCGCGGCCGCGGCGUACAUGGUGCUGACGGUGGUUCUCAUGACGUACUAUCGUUAUCGUCGUAAUCGCAGGAAGCAGUAUCUCCACGAGCAGACAGAAGAGAAACUGGAGAACGGAGAGGUGCAGGAGGAGCAGACCGAGCUGAAAGAGACGAGCAACAGCAAGAUGAACUCGACCAGCAAGAGAAAGGAGAACCGCGAUUCGCACAACAAGAGCGACGGCGCGGACACCGCUCAGAGUCAGAGCAGCAACCAGUCGAAAAAGUCCAAGUCGAACUACGACAAGAUCGCCGUGUCGCGUAGCAACUUGAAAGACCUGAAGCCUCUGGGCCGCGGCGAAUUCGGGGAGGUUUACUCCACCAAGUACCAAGUGGACGGCGACAAGGAGAGCGUGGUGAUGGUGAAGAGCCUGAUCAACACGAAAGACGAGAUGGCGCUGCAAGAGUUCAAGCGUCACCUGGACCUUUUGCACAAGCUGAACCACGAGAACGUGGUGAAACUGAUCGGUCUGUGCCGCGAGGAAGAACCGGACUACAUGAUACUCGAGUAUACCGACUGGGGCGAUCUGAAGCAGUUCCUGAUCGCCUCGCGAAAGGACAGCAACACCAGCCCUACGCACGAGUCGAAACCCCCGCGAGCGCCACAGCUGUCGGUCGCGCAGAUCCUCUCGCUGUCCAAUCAGGCGGCGAAAGGGUUGAAGCACCUCGCGGACAAUCGUCUGGUACACAAAGACAUCGCCGCCCGAAACUGUCUGAUCGCGAGUAACCUGACGAUCAAGAUCUCGCUGCCGUGCAUGACCAAAGAACCGUAUCAGCAGGAGUACACGAAACACCGAAACCAGGUGAUCCCCCUUAGAUGGUUGCCGUACGAGGCGGUCUACGAGGACGAAUAUUCGACCAAGAGCGACGUGUACUCGUUCUCCUGCCUCGUGUGGGAGAUGUUCCACCAGGGCGAGUUGCCGUUCAACAAGAUGAACGACGAGUCCGUGUUGGCCGCGCUGAAAACUCAAACACUGGCGUGGAAGCCGCACAAAGCCGCGCCGCCCGCUCUGCAGGAGCUCCAAGCUCAAUGCUGGGCCAACGAUCCGCGAGAGAGACCGACCUUCGACGAGGUGGUCUCGAAAAUAGGUGAAAUUGUCGUCGACAGUUGUCUCUAGAUUAAUCGGCAACGCCACGAGGCUCUAAAUCGGAGAUACCGCGAUAGGGGUAACGAUCGCGAGAACCCCGGCGCGAUCCCGCGAUGAUUACCCGUGUCGCGGUAUUCUGUCGCGUCCAUUAGAUCCGUAAGAAUAUAAUUUAUUUCUCACAGAAGGAUCCGCUCCAAUGACUGCUAACGUCGGAUUAAGUAAGGAUACGUACGAUCCAGUACACGCUACAAUAUUAUACGACUAACGCAAUAUUUAGUAUUCAAUAUCAGUGUAACGAUAGGUAUAUCAAUCACCGCACAUCGAAUAUUCGUAAGAUACGCUAUAUCGUCGUUACGGCAGAAAUCGCAAGCUACAGUGUGAAUGCAUCGUUAAGAAAGUAUCAUGACCAUAUCAAUAUCGAACGAUCGACGAUUUUUAUAUCCCGCCUAAUUCACGUUUACACACUUUGUAUCCCGUUAAGGUCUAAGGCUUAAGGAUUAUUUAUAGCGUACACUUGCGUCUCACACACGUAUAAAUAUUAUAUAUAAAUCCGAUGAUAUAUAUGGGGGUGCCUACGCGGUGUGAGUCGCGCGAUCCGAGCUUUCCGUGCUGCUCUCGGUCGUUGCUGCGAUAUCCGACUCGGUGCCCCGAAUAAUCGCGAUCGCGGGCCCACCCCGCGCGCGCGCGCGCGCCACGCGAUUAGGGAGAGAGAGGGAAAGAAGCCAGGAGCGAUUUUACUCGAUGUCGACUCGAAGAGGAUAAAAGCAAACGGCCUUGUAUAUACCGUGGGUGUAAGCGUAAGUUUGUUCGUUAAGUACAAUCGCGAGAUUCGAGUUUUUCAUUUCUCUUCUCAUCGAUAGACACCUCCGAGGGAUCGCGACGCUACCGUUCUCAUUGUUUCUCCUUUCUUUCCGAGGGAACACACACUCCUUGCGCUUGUUCACGUUAGGAAAUAGGUCGACGAAGACGAGAAAACGAGACGAAUUUACCCGGUCACGUAGAAAUUCUGCAUCGAGUACCAUCUCAGAGCCUAUUUUUGCACUCGAGGGAGUAUAGACUAGGAAUCUCUCAUUAUGGCCUUUCAUCGACCGAACUCUCGCCCCUUAGGAGACGGAUCGUCCUUGCGGCUGGACACGUCGACUGCGUCCAUAUCAGGAAAUUUGUACAACGAAGCCGUUCCCUUUCGUUUCGUUCCCUUCUCCUUUCGUUUCGCAGAUGCAACUAUCGAGGAAAAGGCUGUUGUCGCCCCCGUGGCGUUUGGUUUCCGGCGAUGACUCGCCAAGGGUAGAGAGAGAACCGCGAGCAAAUUUUUAGUCUUGCAAGAAUUAAACGCAGUAGGAUUAUAGAGGGUUACGAUUCGCAAUACUCGAUACGAUCGUGCUAGGCACGCGCUAUUUCGGAUGUGCUACCACGACGACUAUCAUAGCCGCCGCGUAUACGUACACGUACAGAGCUGUCGCGUCGCGACGCGCCACGUCGGGACGUCGAAGAUCGCGAGCUCGCGAGAGAAGAUCGGUAUUCGAAUUAUUCCUCGGCUCUGCACACGUACGCGCAUAUAAAAUAUAUAAUGUAUCAUAUACGCAUCUAGAUGUACGAGACAGUAAGAUAAACACUGCCAAUGAGUAAUAUCCGUAACGUUAAAGGUUCUCAUAAUCAUAGCGAAUACGACCAUUCCCUAAUUUAAUGCACCCUCGUCGCAUCGAAGGUAUCGUGGGGAAGAGGGACACCCCUGUCCGCGUGCCUACGCAAAUCACGAUUUUGCAAGGGCGCUUCGAACGAAACGUCCUCGUCGAACGCUCGUCUCGAGAGAUCUCGAGGGAUCGAUCGACGAGCGGGGGUUCUAGCGAGUGCGCUUGCAAAGGUCCGGCCUGAAUCUUGAAAUGCUUCCUAAAUGUUCGCAGUAUACGCCAAGAAAUAUUCUUGUAAUGUAAAGUACGUUAGGAACAUACCUUGCAGCAACUUGACUGGCGGUUCGUAAUCGUUGCAAGGCCAAUUAGUCGACCUGUCAAGGAUCUAACAAGGAUCUAACCGCUCGUAUCAUUCGCUGACCGAAUUUUCCGGGACCGUGACGACCCUCGUCUGGUCCCUCGUUCGAUCGGGGGGACCUAGACCCUCGAAUCUCGUUUCAACCACUCGCGCUGGAAAGACGUGCCACGCACGUCGUAAUGCCUUUGUCGCGGAAUCGCCAGCCAGCGUGGUACACGCGUCAUCGGGCAAUUGAAACAAUGGACUGUGAAUUUCUUGCCAGCGCAAGUGGUCGUUAACGCCGUUUAGCGAUUCGCGAGCUGUCGCAGCCAUCGCUCGCGCCGCUUCUCGGCCGAUUCCGCGCGACUUCGCGAGACGAGGGGUCCGCGCGCGUCCGACGCACCGACACACACGAAACACACACGCUGCGCCAGUGAUUUUUAACGAAGCAAUUUAUUACGUCUAAUGUCUAGUCAUACACGGUGAGAAAAGCGUAA